GGAAGAUUCUUCUGUUCCGUCCAUAACCAUUUGACCAACGUUCUGUCGUUGCUCAUCAAGGAUAACGUCCUACCUUGAAGGAUUGUACGUAGUCCACGCAACUUAGUUAAUGAAUGACCUUGGGUAUUUUCAGAAUGACACAAACAGCCUCCAAACCUUUUCUGAUUGGUAUUAGUGGAGGAGCCGCUUCAGGAAAAGCAGAGGCAUGCAAGAAGAUAAAAGAUGUCUUAUACAGAAAGGCAAAAGGGAAGAAAGUUGAAGUUCUUUCCUUGUCAUCGUUUUAUCGUGAACUUUCCGAUGAGGAACUCAAAUUAGCCCUGAAUAGUGAGUUUGACUUCGACCACCCAAAUUCGUUCGACUUCAAAUAUUUGGCUGACGUUUUAAGGAAAAUAAAACAAGGAGAACAUGUGGUCCUUCACAAAUAUGACUGCUCUGCUUAUUCGAGUACCCCGGAUGUUCAGGAGGUCCCAGAUGAUGUAGAUGUUGUCAUCGUAGAAGGAAUUUUGACGUUUUAUCAAAAAGAAGUCAGAGACAUGUUCGACCUAAAAAUCUUCAUUGAAUCAGAUGCAGACACUAGACUUUGCAGAAAAGUCCUAAGAGAUGUUUCUAUGAAAGGUCGUUGCUUGGAUUCCGUACUCGAUAGUUACUUUAAAUACGUUAAACCGGCAUUCGAGGAGUUUUGUCUUCCCACUAAAAAAUAUGCCGAUGUCAUCCUACCACGUGCACCAGACAAUCAUGUUGGCGUCGAUUUAAUUACGGAACACUUGUUACAACUUGUAAAUGAUUCACCUCUGAUUCAUAAUGUUCAACAUUAUAUACCACGUGCAAGAAACCAAUCAGAAUCUUGUGUAGGUUCUUUCAGACCUCAUUAAUCACCUAGUGAUAAUGGUACUAACUUUAUUUGUAUAUAUUAUCUGGUUUAUUGAAUUAGAAUGUUAUUAUUUUGAUAUUUUCAAUUGAACUUCAUAUUCUUUCUUCAUCUCCUUACUUUUCAUCUACUUGUUUUUAAUUAUUUUAAAAAAAAUUUGUUUAAGUUAUCAAAAAAAAAUGAUUUAUUAUUUAUAAAGUGCUUACAUUUAUCAACUUGGAAAUUGUUUUAUUUGUUUACAGAUAAAUUAUUCCUAACAAUUCGUCUAUCUUUGAAAAGAUACCUUCAUAGCAACCUGAUAAUUGUUCCAAUAUUAUUUAAAGCGAACCUUUGUAUAAAAGGUAGUUAAAUAUCAAUACUUUUGAUAACUGCAUAAAAUAUAUCUGUAUCCCAUGAUUUCACAUUGUUAUAAAUUUUGACUAAUUUUACGAUAAGGAAAAGAUAACUACACUGAUGUUUGCUGGUUUAACACUAAGAUUAUUAAUUAAAAUACUCCAGAUCCUCAAAUAUAAAUCAAGC